CUUCUUUACACUUCUUUUUAAAUUUAAAAAAGAAAAGAUAGCAAUCCCAUAUUACUGCUGCUUCCAUCUUUACUAGAAUAUUUUCAUCACUUUGGCCUUACAUUUUUAAGUUUAACUGUUUGACUGUUUUAAGUUUCUUUGAUGGACUUCCACCUCCAUUCAUGCUUCUGUCUCCUCUCUUUUGCACUACUUAUCCAAUUCUCCUUUGGUGAUCAAGAGGGAUUCUUGAGUUUAUCAUGUGGUGGGACCACCAGUUAUGUGGACCCCUUGAACAUUUCAUGGAUACCAGAUGAUGCUUAUGUUUCUGCUGGCAACAUUACAACUGCUAAUGUUCUUGAUGGUUCCUCUUUACCGGUCCGGUUCUUUCCUGAGUCCCAAGCCAGAAAGUGUUACAGAUUGCCUCUGGACAAUACGUCUGUUACGGUUCUGGUUAGGACAAGAUUUGUGUAUAAGAACUAUGAUGGGCUUAACCGCCCCCCAUCAUUCUCUGUGUCUCUCGGGAGGGCCAUCGUUCGGGCUAUUAAUCUCAAGAAUGAUGAUCCGUGGACCGAAGAGUUUAUCUGGAAAGUUGAUCAGGACGUCUUGCCUUUGUGUUUUCACUCUUUUCCAGACAGUGGUUUCCCUGUAAUUUCAUCUCUCGAACUUAGGCCGCUUCCGAAUGAAGCUUAUUCGAGUGGUCUGGGUGGUACUCUCAAUAAGUUGCUGAGAAAAUGUUAUAGGAUCAAUUCUGGUUAUAAUGCAGCACUAAGAUAUCCAGUUGAUCAGUACGACCGAAUAUGGGAAGCCGAUGAGGAUUUUACCCCGUCUCACGUCUCAUCUGGCUUUGAUAUUCAAGAAUAUGUGAAUGGGACUGGUCUGAAUGAGAACCCUCCACCAGCUGUUCUUCAAACUGCAAGGGUUUUGGCCAGGUGGAGAGACUUGACUUACACCUUCCCUCUUGAUCACCAAGGAGACUACUAUAUAGUCAUCUACUUUGCUGGGAUCCUUCCACUCUCCCCAGCAUUUGAUGUGUUGAUCAAUGGGGAUGUUUUUUGGUCAAACUACACGGUCAAACGAUGGGAAGUUAGCAGUCUGGUGUUUACAGUUACAGGAAACACUAGCCUGAGUGUCUCAUUGAGGACUAUUGACUACUACCCUUUGCUCAAUGGGGUUGAGAUUUAUGAGGUCCUAGACAUUCCAUGGGAAACUUCUUCCACCACUGUUUCAGCCCUUGAGAUUAUUGGGCAGUCCACUGGUUUAGAUCUUGACUGGGAAUUUGACCCAUGUUCUCCAAUAACAUGGGAUCACUUGAAAUGUGAAGGGAAUCUGGUUACCUCAUUGGUGCUAACUGACAUUGAUUUGAGGUCGAUCAGUCCAACGUUCAGUGAUCUGCUGGAUCUCAAAUAUCUAGAUUUGCAUAACACUUCACUCACUGGGGAGAUACAAAAUCUUGGUAGCCUUCAGCAUCUCAAGUACCUGAACUUAAGCUUCAACCAACUAACAGCUUUUGGUUCUGAUCUGGAGGACUUGAUAAACCUUCAAGUUUUGGACUUGCAGAACAAUAGUUUGCAUGGAAUAGUACCUAAUGACUUGGGGGAGUUAAAGGAGCUUCACUUAUUGAACCUGAAAAACAAUAAGCUACAAGGCCCUUUGCCAAGGUCUCUGGAUAGAAAGGGUUUGAAAGUCCGAAAAUCAGGAAAUCUAUGUCUUUCCUUCACGGCUUCUUUCUGCAAUGACUUUUCCAUCAAUACUUCAAUAGAGACGCCACAAGUCACAGUCUUAACCCCUAAGAAGCACAAAGGCCAAAAGAAAUUAACACUUAUACUUUGUGCAGUUGGAGGAGCUGUGUUUUCCAUUUGUCUAAUUUUAUUUGCAGUUUUUUUGUUCAUGAGACAGAAGAAAAGAAGAUAUACAUAUGCAUCAAGAGGUGGAAUUGAUAUGAAGAAUUUGUAUGCUACAAAAGUGAUAUCAUAUAAGGAGAUCAAGACAGCAACUAACAACUUCAAAGAAGUCAUAGGCCGUGGCAGCUUUGGACCGGUUUAUUUUGGCAAGCUUCGUGAUGGUAAACAAGUUGCUGUCAAAGUGCGGUAUGCUAAAACUCAGAUUGGGGCUGAUUCUUUCAUCAAUCAGGCAUCUCUUCUAUUGCAAAUUCGCCACCAAAAUCUAGUUUCUUUAGAAGGAUUUUGCCAGGAAUCGAAGCAGCAAGUUCUAGUAUAUGAGUAUUUAGCAGGAGGAUCACUGGAAGAUAACCUUCAUGGUGCAAAUAGUAAAAAAAGUACAAUGAGCUGGGUGCGCCGACUCAAAAUAGCUAUAGAUGCUGCAAAAGGUCUGGAUUACUUGCAUAAUGGGAGCGAUCCACGCAUCAUACACCGCGAUGUGAGAUGCAGCAAUAUACUUCUGGACAUGGAUAUGAAUGCCAAGAUUUCUGACUUUGGACUUUGCAAGAAAGUCCUUCAGGCUGAUGCAAGUCCUCAUGUCACCACUGCUCUCAAAGGCACAGCUGGAUGCUAUCUUGAUCCAGAGUACUACACGACAUACCAACUUACCGAAAAGAGUGAUGUCUACAGCUUUGGAGUCGUCCUACUGGAGCUCAUAUGUGGCCGAGAACCACUGGAUCACUCCGGCACACCAGAUUCUUUCAACUUAGUUCUAUGGGCGAAGCCAUAUUUGCAAGCUGGUGCUUUUGAGAUAGUAGAUGAGAGCAUAAAGGGAAGUUUUGAUGAAGAGAGCAUGAAAAGGGCAGCUUUGAUAGCUUCCAGGUCUGUAGAGAGGGAUGCCUUGAGAAGGCCUAAUAUUGCAGAAGUGUUAGCUGAGCUCACAGAAGCCUACAACAUCCAGCUCUCUUAUCAUGCCUCUGCUGGACUUGCCAAUUAAUAUUCAUGCAUACCUCACAUCUUUAUAUAUAUAUAUAUAUAUAUAUAUAUAUAUAUAUAUAUAUGCACACACACAUACACAUAUAACCAUAAUUCUUGUACACAUUUAAACCCUUCUAUUUAUUCAGUGUUAGUGUUUCCUUGUUCCCGUGAGAAGUGUUUUAUUUCAUAGAUUAUAGGGAAAAUGUGUAAUUGUAUAUGUUGGUUGUGUAUGCAGAUAGAUGUAGUUUUAAAAAGUAAAAGUUAUAGUGUUCGGUAAAAAGUACUUUUUUGGUGUAUUAUAUAUUUACAUAGUUUAGGUAAAAUCUUAUAUAAAAAGUAUAAAGGAGUUU